AUGUCCGGCACGCCCCUUAACCCCCGCUUCUACUCGCAGCCACUGCGCUACCUCAAGUGGGCCUCAAUCAACAAGCCUGCGUACUUCUACAGCAUCGUCGUCGGAUGCGUCGGUCCCAUCUUGGUGGUCGCAGUUCCUCCGAUUAGGAGAUACUUGGGCGAGGAGCAAAUCACCAAGAUUCCCCUCACAUACCCGAUUCCCAAGGGUGAUAGGCCAAGGCCGACCGGGAAUAAGGAUGUGCUACAAUUCUACUGA